AUGGAUGAGGAUUAUCUCAAGACCAAGAACUACUCACAGUCCUCAGCGAUCCUCUCGCUCACCAAUCGAUCGUUGCAUUUCCUCAAGGAGUCGAUCGUCAAUACGAGCACCUUCUCCCCGAUCAUCUCACUUGCAAAAACGACGAUCAUCUCGUUGAUGAGCAAGAUAGAAUAUGGUCAAAUCAAACUGAAUACGGAGACCGAGAGCUUGGUCUUUGGUCGCUCGAAAGUGCAUCCAGAGACUAGCGAGGAGCUGGCAGCAGUCAUCCAAGUUGUCAAUGAUGCAUUCUGGCUUCGGAUGUUCUUACUCAGCGAUAUCGGGUUCGCCGAGGCUUACAUGGUCGGAGACAUCCAAGUCGACCGACUGGACUCGCUCUUUAAGAUAUUCAUCCUCAAUCGCUCGAAUUUAUCCGAGAUGUCCAUGAUCACCUCCUCACUCUUUAGCACGCUCAACUCGAUCAUGAACUCCCGCUUCGUCAACUCGAUCUCCAACACGAUCUCCAACAUCUCAGCCCAUUACGAUAUCUCGAACGAGAUGUUUCAGGCCUUCCUGUCCAAGGACAUGACCUACUCGUGUGCUUAUUUCCCGCCCUCAUUAGGUGGUCCGGAUGGAGAUCUGAAAAAUCAAGAAGAAGGAGAAAAUGGAAUAUCUGCAACGGGAAAAGAUCGAUUAGAAUUAGCUCAAUACGAGAAACUGGACUUGAUUAUUGAGAAGGCGAAGAUCAGGAAGGGUGAUCGAGUGUUAGAGAUCGGGUCUGGGUGGGGAAGUUUUGCGAUCCGAGCGGUGGAAAGAACAGGGUGUCAAGUGGACACGAUCACCCUUUCGAUCGAACAGAAGAAGCUGGCCGAGAAACGGAUCCGACAGGCCGGACUGGAGCAGAUGAUCACCGUCCAUCUGGUCGAUUAUCGCGACCUACCCAGCCGGUUCAAGGUCCCCUUCGACAGGAUUGUCUCCAUCGAGAUGAUCGAGAGCGUCGGCGUCGAGUUCCUCGAUACUUAUUUCGACGUCGUCCAACGGUGCUUGCAUCCUAAAACUGGUAUCGCCGUCUUCCAAGUCAUCACCAUUCCCGAAUCGCGCUUCGAUCGAUACGUCAAGGAAGUAGACUUCAUCAGGAAGUGGAUCUUUCCAGGCGGAAUUCUGCCCUCGGUGACGUUCAUGACGAACGCGAUUUCGAAAGGAUCGAAGAACCGCUUGCUGAUUGACUCGAUCCAGAACAUUGGACCUCAUUACGCGCGGACCUUGAGGGAAUGGGAGAGCCGAUUCAAACUGAACUUCGAUCAACUCGUGGCUCCCUGCUUGGUCAAAACGUAUCCCGAGUUGGUCGACAACCCUCAUCGAAUUCAAAUCUUUAAACGCAAGUGGAUCUAUUACUUUGAAUACUGUUCAACUGGCUUUGAAUCAAGAGUCUUAGGAGACCACAUCUUCACUCUGACAAGAGAAGGAAACCUGACUCUCUAA